UGGUCUUCAGCUACCAUUAUUUGCUCGCGUAACUUAACUCUUCCAUUGUUUUCUCUUGUGUGUUUUUCCUCACAGUAGGUGAACUAGUUAUUCAUGGACUCAAGGGGCCAUUCUAAUGGCGGAGAACUUGAAACAAAUGAGAUGGACAUUAGAAAUCUUUCGUCUUCACGCAACAAUACUCACUGCGUCCAUAAGGUGGGGGUUCCACCGAAGCAAAAUCUCUUCAAAGAAUUUAAAACCAGAGUGAAAGAGACAUUCUUUGCAGAUGAUCCUCUGCGAACCUUCAAGGACCAAUCGAAGUCCCGAAAGCUAGUCCUAGGAAUUCAGGCUAUCUUCCCUAUAUUUGAAUGGGGGAGGAAUUACAAUCUAACUAAAUUUAGAGGAGAUAUAGUUGCUGGACUCACUAUUGCAAGUUUGUGUAUUCCACAGGAUAUAGGGUAUGCAAAACUUGCUAAUUUGGCUCCCCAGUAUGGAUUAUAUUCCAGCUUUGUACCACCACUAGUUUAUGCUUUGAUGGGUAGCUCAAGAGACAUAGCGAUUGGACCAGUGGCCGUUGUUUCUCUCUUGCUGGGAACACUGCUUCAAAAGGAGAUUGAUUACCAUACACAUCCAGAAGAGUAUCUGCGGCUUGCAUUUACAGCUACCUUUUUUACUGGGAUCACCCAAGCCACUCUAGGGAUACUAAGGUUGGGUUUUCUGAUUGACUUUCCAUCUCAUGCUGCCAUUGUGGGUUUUAUGGGUGGUGCUGCCAUCACUAUUGCCCUUCAGCAACUUAAAGGCUUUCUUGGUAUUCAAAAAUUGACAAAGAAAACAGACAUUAUCUCUGUAAUGCGCUCAGUAUUUGAGGCAACGCAUCAUGGAUGGAACUGGCAGACAAUAGUCAUUGGAGUAGCUUUUCUAAGUUUUCUACUGUUUGCCAAGUAUAUUGGAAAGAAGAAUAAGAACCUCUUUUGGGUGCCUGCAAUUGCUCCAUUAAUAUCAGUUAUUCUGUCCACCUUCUUUGUUUACAUAACCCAUGCAGACCAGAAAGGUGUUGCAAUAGUGAAACAUAUAGAGAGAGGAAUCAACCCCUCAUCCGUGAAGCAAAUCUACUUCACAGGUGACAACCUCCUUAAAGGAUUCAGGACUGGCGUGGUGGCUGGUAUGAUAACAUUAACGGAAGCCAUAGCAAUUGGAAGAACAUUUGCUACCAUGAAAGACUACCAGCUUGAUGGUAACAAAGAAAUGGUGGCACUAGGAACAAUGAAUGUUAUUGGUUCAAUGACUUCCUGCUAUGUGGCAACAGGCUCGUUCUCUCGCUCAGUUGUGAAUUACAUGUCUGGCUGUCAAAUUGCGGUCUCAAACAUUGUUAUGUCCUGUGUUGUAUUUCUAACUUUAGAAUUCAUCACUCCCCUAUUCAAAUACACUCCAAAUGCUAUUCUCGCUGUCAUCAUUAUCUCUGCUGUGAUCAACUUGAUUGACAUUCAAGCAGCAAUUUUGCUCUGGAAGAUUGAUAAAUUUGAUUUUGUUGCUUGCUUGGGAGCCUUCUUCGGUGUGAUAUUUGCAAGUGUUGAGAUAGGCCUCCUAAUUGCUGUCUCUAUAUCAUUUGCUAAGAUACUCUUACAAGUAACCAGGCCACGGGUCUCUGUUCUCGGAAAAAUCCCUAGGACUACAGUAUAUAGGAACACUCAACAGUAUCCAGAAGCAACAAGGGUUCCAGGCAUUCUCAUUGUGAGAGUUGAUUCUGCGAUUUACUUUUCUAACUCCAAUUACAUCAAAGAGAGGAUAUUGAGAUGGUUGGCAGAUGAGGAAGAACAAACAAAGAAGGCCUAUUCACCAAAAACUCAGUUUUUGAUUGUUGAGAUGUCUCCUGUUACCGACAUUGAUACUAGUGGAAUUCAUGCCUUGGAAGAGCUAUACAAUAAUCUCCAGAAAAGAGACAUUCAGCUUGUUUUGGCAAACCCGGGGCCAGUAGUGAUUGACAAACUCCACACAUCUGAUGUUACUAAUCUGAUUGGGGAGGACCAUAUCUUUCUAACAGUUGCUGAAGCUAUAUCAUCCUGCUCCCCAAAAUUGGUGGAAGAGGCCUAA